UAUAGACUAUAUAUAAUGUCACGUAGAUUCGUACUUCCCGGUGAAAGUCUGGGUCCCGUGGGCUCGCGCCCAGUAGAGGGGAAUGUGUAUAAUCGUUCGGGUUUACUACACUCCUCGGUUAUGGGCACUGUAGAGUCUAUAGUGCCUUCUGACGGCUCGGCUACCUCAAUAGAUGUGCGCCACCCCGGGUCUUCUAUACCUGCCGUAGGCGCGAUCGUCAUUGCGCAGGUUCAGCGCAUAUCGCAUCAACAGGCUGAAUGUUGCAUUGUAUGUUUGGAAGGUCGUUCCAUCCCCGAAGGACUCAAGGGUGUGAUAUCCCUUAGCAACAUAUACCAAUCUAAGGCCAUAGAGCCUAAGAUAUAUGAAUGUUUCCAUCCGGGUGAUUUUGUGCGUGCCAAGGUGAUAUCUACCAGUGAUACUAAGCAGCUGAUGCUAAGCACAGCCCAGAAGGACCUGGGUGUUAUCAGGGUACCUGAAGCUGGAGAGGAGCUGGUUCCCAUAUCUUGGAAGUUCUUUCUGGGUGCUAAAAGCGGUACUGUAUUGACUCGCAAGGUCGCUUACCCCUCCGUUACCGUGAAAGAACCCAGAACAGGAUCUGACGCCAUGGCAAUAGAUUAGCAACAAACACUUAGUGUGUUAGGGCAAUAGCCCUC